CAAAAAAACCAAAAAACCAGGUCCGACGUUUUGAUCCCCUGCCACACACUGACGGUGCAACUCUUGGGGGACAUUUUUCAAGUCCUCUGCCAGUCUGAAGACAAAGAUCUGGAUGAAGUCACAGACGACGAUGAAUACUGGUGUGAGGUAUCAUAUGUUUUUCGCAGCUAUCCUCGGGGAGUCCGCCACAUCCUUUUCCAACAUGGGGUCACUGGUGUCGAUUCUGGUACCCUCACCAACAGCACGGUCAUCAUUUCCCCACAUGUGCCCUAGGGAGAGAUGGUUCCAGAUCGCUUGAAUGCAUGACCAAGCCCCGGGCUUGCAGAGUUGCUUGCCUGCGACAGACAGGCAAGCCUGGACAGAUCCUGGCCCCAGAGGUGGAGUCUCAAGCUUACAGGAAGCACAUCCCUCUCUUCUCCCCCCCCCCCUUGGGGCUCAGAGAUGCUGCUUGAAGGCCAGCAGAGCCCAGGCUGCUGUGUCACCGGAGGGACCCCUUUGCCGGCCACCGAGGGACCCUCCCUUCUCCUCCUCCCGGCCUUGCUGGAUUGACCGCCCAUCGGGACAGUCUUCAAGAUGGAGACCCUCCCGGAGCCUCUGCUGGUCCGAAUCCUGGCCUCCCUUCCGGCGGUCGAACUGGUGCUGGUCUGCCGGCUGGUGUGUUCCCAGUGGAAGACCCUGGUCGACGGGGAGGCCCUUUGGCUCCUGAAAUGCCAACAGGAGGGAUUCGUGGGGAACGAUGCCGAAGAGGAGAGUGGGGAGAGGUGGCAGAUGCUCUACUUCUUACACGAGAGGAAAAGGAAUUUGAUCAAAAACCCAAAUGGGGAAGAAGGCUUCGAUUUCUGGGUAGAGGUGGAAAACGAGGGCGACGGGUGGAAAAUCGAGGACCUGCCUGGAGAUUUCGGGCAGGAAUUUCCCCAUGACGACGUUCACAAAUACUUCGCCUCUUCUUUUGGCUGGUGCAGUAAAGCUCAGAUCAUCGACCUUCGGGCAGAGGGGUACUGGGAAGAGCUGAUGGACACCCUCCAGCCGAAAAUCGUGGUCAGAGACUGGUAUGCGGGCCGAGGCGACGCCGGCUGCCUCUAUGGCCUGAAAGCCAAGCUGCUGUCCGAAAACGAGGACGUGGUGGCAGAAUUUGAAAGCGACACCAUCUCCAUCCCGCAGGACAACGAAGGCGAGUGGAACGAGAUCACCCACACCUUCACUGACUACGGCCCUGGAGUUCGCUUUGUCCGCUUUGAACAUGGUGGCCAAGACACAGUCUUCUGGAGAGGAUGGUAUGGAGCACGCAUGACCCACAGCAGCGUGACAAUUGAACCCUAGCUGUCUACUCGGAGAGCACCCCUGUCGAUCAGGGCUCACUCACCGCACCGGCCCUUAUCCAAACAAGAGAGAAUCUCUGCAUGGACUAAACACAAUAUUAACUAUGCAAGUUUUGCCAAAUAGAAGCCUCCCGGGAUGAUCAAAUGCUCUGAAAGUUCACAAGAUCUUUUUUUCCUUACGUUAAAACAAAAGAGAAUGUGGGGAUUUUGUGUGAAUUGCAAAGCAGCGCAGCAUAGAUUGAAAUGGAGGCUGACUUAGCUAUUAAACGAAAAGGAGAGUAGCCACUUGAACAGAAGGGCGAGGUUGCAUGAAAGAGGAGAUGACUUCCAGUGCUGACGUUUCCUUUCUCCCCUCACUGUUAAAAGCAGAGGAGCACUGAUCUUUUUUCCACAUGGCCACCCAAGUUAAGGUGGGCUGUGCUAGAGAUCAGUUGCAAUAGCUCUGGGAGAGAGAGAGAGAUAAGCUUGAUAUUCAGUUUCUGGGUUGGGUGUGAAAUAAGAUUUUGUUCUUGCUGGGAGGGAAAUCUUCCCAGACCAAGAAAAACUCUUAAGAUCUCACCGGCUAGCAUGGCUGGAAGAUGCCAGCCAUUAUGGUACCUGAAGGAUUCCAAGGCAGAAAGUCAUUUGGCCAACGUGAGCUGAACCGCUUGCAUUUCUGAUCUUACCUGAGUUUUAGGUCAAUCAUCUUCAAUCAUCUGGCCUGCCUUCUGUUGUCAACGGCCUCGGACGGACCUCGGAUCCCCUGCCUGGACAUUAUGCCUGCUUUCACAGGUGGCGCUCUGUCCCGGGGACAACCCUCAUGGGGGGGCAGGCAAAAUAAAGCCAUAAUAUUCGUUUUUCCCCUUUCUGUUGACCCCCACACUUCCAGCGUCUUUGUCCUGAUUUCACGACAACGUCCAGGAGAGGGACUUCUGUUGCUUUCAAUCUCUUUCUCUCACACACACCCAUACCAAGGGAUAUAAAUAAAUGCUG